AUGAAGAGUGGAGAUAAAUUAAUUCUGUUUCAUUCGCAGUGCACAGUCACUUGCGGUGGUGGAAUAAGAACUCGUAAUGUCACUUGUGCCAAAAAUAAUGAUGAGCCAUGUGAUGCUUCCAAAAGACCAAACUCUAAGGCCCUGUGUGGUCUCCAGCAAUGUCCUUCUACUGGAAGAUUUCUGAUACCCCCACUGGUACCCAAAAGAGGAAAGAUCAUAAUCAGAAAAACUGCUAAUCGUGAAUGGAGCCCUCCUCGCAGAACACCAAGUCCGAGCUCACAUACAACAACAAAAUUACCCAAGCCUGAAGGUGUAACUCCCUGUUUACCUACAUCCUCUAGUUUCAGUAAUGUCUCAGAAAAAGAAGGGACAACCAACAGAACAUUACAAAAUAAUUUUGCUGAAGCAAGUGAUGUUUACAAUUAUCCAGUUGUUUCUACUGAAAAUAAUUCAUUCCAGCAUGCUACUCCAUGGCCUUUUCAUAAUAGCUUAAGUACUGAAAUUACAAGGCAUGCUGAAAAUAUUUCCGAAAGUGAGCCAGUUUCUACUGUAGAGAGUGAGGUGCAAAGAAAUGAGGACACUUCUGUCUCCUCUUUCACCAGUAAUCCAGAAGUAACUUCCAGCUAUGAUUACUUAACCGAAGAAUCUGACGACAUUGAUGGAUCACUUGGAGGCAGUGAGAAACCAACUGACCUCGUUAACAGCACAGAACUCAAUCCUGAAAUCAGAACCAGGAGCACAACCCUAGAUACCAGCUCUCGUGUCCUUCAGAAUGAAAGCGUGACUUCUCAUCCCCUUUCAACAUCUUAUCACCGAGACCUAUUUACACUCCUUCCUGUUAGCAGAGCAGCACAACGGUUGGCAUUUCCAACAUCAGCACACUCUAUCAGUCUGCAGGUUGAUGCACCUGUUGUAGAAGCAACUACCCCACAAGCAUCGGUUAAAAUAAUGCCCAUAGAGCUUGGUCAUGUACUAAGAGACCAAACUGACAACAGAAGAGAAAUUAAGCUACCCAGCACCGUAACGACUAGCACACAAUCAUCAGAUCUCGAGCAUGCUCUCAGGAACCAAAGUGCAAAAUCUGAGGCUUUUUUAAUGAAUGUCGCAAAAAACAGCCACCUAAUAGCAUCCAACAAUUUGCCCGGUGAUGUCCACUGGAUAGUAGGCAACUGGAGUGAGUGCUCUACCACCUGUGGAAUGGGGUCUUUCUGGAGACAUGUGGAGUGCAGCAGCAGGAACACAUCUCACUGCCAGCACAUGAAAAAGCCUGAAUCUGCAAGAAAAUGUUAUCUCCGCCCAUGCGCUAGCUGGAAAACAGGAAAUUGGAGCAAGUGCUCUGCUAACUGCAACGGCGGCUUCAAGACCCGAGAUGUUCACUGCAUUGAUGUCCGUGAAAAGCGACUUCUAAGGCCUUUUCAUUGCCAAUUACUCGGAUAUAAACCACAGCUCAACACAAGUUGUAACCUGCAGCCUUGCUUGCAGUGGCAUGUGGAGCCCUGGAACCAGUGUUCAAGAACAUGUGGUGGUGGCAAGCAAAGACGACAUAUUUACUGCCCAGAAGAGGGCUACUGCGACCUGACAAAAAGACCUAAUGCCGUUGCAUCAUGUAACAGACAACCUUGUACACAGUGGAGUAACCAGACAUGGGGCCCGUGCACCGUUGCUUGUGGAGGAGGCAUUCAGCAAAGAGCUGUGAAGUGUAUGAAUAUAGAAACUAACAAAACUGAAGAUGACAGCAUGUGUGUGGAUAAACCCAAGCCCACAGAGUAUCAGAGGUGCAACGUACAAGAGUGCAGGAAGAGUAUAGGGCUACUCUGCAGCAAAGACCAACUGUCGAUUCACUUCUGCCAGAGGCUGAAGGGCAUUGGCAAGUGCGUGCUGCCUUCCAUACAGACUCAGUGCUGCUUCACGUGUAGUCAGCCCCGAAUUCGAAUCAAGAUGAAGUGA